AUGAAUUACGAUCUAUAACAACUGAAAAAGACACAGAAAACUCAAAACAAAAAGCCUCCUCUUGACAAUCGAUCUUCCAGAAAUAUUGCUGAAUAAUUUACAGAUAAACAAACCUUGAAUGUAUCAUUCAAUGAGAAAAAAAACUCAACUCCUAAAAUUAAUGCUCUUUUAUAAGAACUUUAAAAGAGAACCAACUAAAAAGACUAAUAUUUCAAUAGAACUUCAACUCCAAAUUCAUAACACGAAAAGUCAUCAACAAAUAAAACACAAAGGUCCAUUUCACCAUAACUUUUGUAUUAGAUCCCUCAACAAUUAAAGAAAAUCUAUUAACACAUAAAUAGUAAGGUUGAAUAAGAUAAAAUGCUUAACAAAAAUUAAAAACCAGAUUCCUCAAAAUGCAAAACAGAAGAAUCAAAGUCUCAUAAAAAUGAAUCCACGAGUUCUACAAUUAAUGAUUCAGAAGAAUAUGUUUAAUAGUUUAUUAAUUUAGAAGAAAUUGUCUUUACCAUUUUAGCUGUUAUCAGCAAAAAGUAAAAGGUAAUUAAAUAAUGUUAAAAUUAUCUUAAUUAAAUUACCAAUUUUAUAGUUGAGGAAAAAGAUUAAAUCCGUUAAUAAAUCUUAUGUAAAUCAAUGAUCUUGGAAAGAAUUGGCAUUUUAGUUGUUCUAUAUAAAGCCAUAUCAGAAGCUUUUGAUGAGGAUUAAUAAAACUUAAAAAAUUUAGUAUUUUAUAUUCACAGCAGUAUGGUUUUACAUCUAGAAUUAAUGCAAUAAUCCAAUGCUUUAUCUCAAUCUUAAAAGGCAUUAAUCUAAGCAAGGUUAAACAAACUCAGAGCCAGAAAAACUCUAUAAUUAAUUGAUAUUAAUUUAAUACGUAAAAAUAGUAAUGUAGUCUACUCUCUUCUAAUUCUAUUGUAAGAUUAUUUGUCAAUCAAUUUUAGUGUUGAAAAUGCAACUGAUAAUAACCUUGUCUAAUUAGAAAAAGUGUUAACAAUAAUAGACAAAAUCAAUUUAUAACAAGGAACUAAAUUUGUUAAAUACUAAUUUGAUAAAAUUUUAGUACACAUUUAGCAAUUGAGAUUAACAAGAGAUUCUUCAGAUUUUUAGUUUGACUAUGAAGAAGUGAUUGAUUGUUAACAGAUACCUUACUUAUCUAAAACAAAUAAAUACACUUUGGUUAUAGAUUUAGAUGAAACUUUAGUCCAUUAUCAAGAAUUAGUGGAUGAUGGAUAGUUCUUAGUUAGACCAUAUGCCUAGUAAUUCUUGAAGGAAAUGUCUAAAUAUUAUGAGAUAGUUAUUUUUACAGCUGCACAGUAAGAUUAUGCUGAUUUCAUAUUGGAUCUGAUAGAUGAGGAUAAAGUGAUUGGAUAUAGAUUGUAUCGUUAACACACUACUUUAGUAAAUAACACAUACGUGAAAGAUAUUUAAAAGAUUGGUCGAGAUGUAAAGCGAACCAUUAUUAUUGAUAAUCUAGCUGAGAACUUUAAGUUUCAACCAGAUAAUGGAAUCUAGAUACACAGUUGGUAUGGUGAUUAGGAUGAUCAAGCCUUACUUUUUCUCUCUCCUUUAUUGAUUCAAAUAGUUCAAAAGAAGAUUCCAGAUGUUAGAGAUGCUUUAAGGAAGUUUAGAGAUCAGAUGCAAAAGAACAUUGAGAAUGGCAUUUAAGAUCCUCAUUUACAUUUAAGUUUAGAUUGA